ACCCCGUCGCUUGUCACUUUGUCAGGCUGUCUUACAACCUUCGAAGAGCGAAAAAAGAAAGCAAAUUAGCUGAAGGAACUGUAAAACCCUAGGUCAGAGAUGUCAGGUCCUGGUAUUCAUCCUUAUCACCACCAUCAUCAACAACAAUGGCCACCUGCACCGCCACCAGUCGAAAACCCUAAUCGUACCCCUCCUGAAGAAGUUCGCACCAUUUUCAUAUCUGGUUUACCAGAAGAUGUAAAAGAAAGGGAAUUACAAAAUUUAUUAAGAUGGUUACCUGGUUAUGAAGCAUCUCAAGUGAACUUCAAAGGAGAACAGCCGAUGGGUUUUGCUUUAUUUACUAAUUCCCACUUUGCUCUUAGUGCUAGAGAGGCUUUGCAGGAGAUGGUUUUUGAUGCAGAAUCUAAGUCUGUUUUGCAUACUGAGAUGGCAAAGAAGAAUCUUUUUGUCAAAAGAGGUGUUGUUGCUGAUGCAAGUUCUUUUGAUCAAAGUAAACGCUUGAGAACUGGUGGUGAUUACACACAUACAGGUUAUGCAAGUCCAUCUCCUUUUCACCCUCCUCCUCCUCCACCUGUUUGGGGACACCAAGGGUACAUGGCUCCACCCCCUCCACCAUAUGAUCCUUAUGGAGGAUACCCCGUGCCUCCACUAGCGAUGACUGCACCAACCCCUCUACCGCCACCCGGUGGUUAUGCACCAGUCCAGAUACCAAUUAGAUUUUCAGAAGCUGUGUUUCUCAUUUGCGAAACUAACACAAAAGAUAACCCUCCUUGCAACACUCUCUUUAUUGGAAAUCUUGGAGAAAAUACAGUGGAGGAAGAGUUGAGGGGAAUUUUUAGCGUGCGACCUGGGUUUAAGCAAAUGAAGAUGUUGAGGCAGGAAAGGAAUACAGUCUGUUUCAUUGAAUUUGAGGACGUUGGUAAUGCUGUUAAUGUGCACCAAACUUUGCAAGGUGCUGUUAUCCCGAGCUCUGGACGCGGCGGAAUGCGAAUACAAUAUUCGAAAAACCCCUUUGGGAAGCGGAAGGAUGGGAUUGCAGGCAACAGUACACCCGAAGCCAAUGGGUCCAAUCACCAGCAGUAGCUUAAAGCCUCAAAGGGAUGAACUUUCUGCCCUUAAUUGCUCGUGACAAAUAGAGAAAAUUAGGAAAACCAGACUGUUUCUGCUACAUGUUAGAUGCAUUCCAUGCAUCUCAUCAUCAAGUCAUCAUCAUUAGCAUGUUUUUGUGUGAUAAUAUCUUAGGUUACUGUCAGCGCGUAUUCCAUUGUUGGAUGAUUUUAUAUUGCUAUCAUGCAUUUACUGGUGCAUUUGAGAGGCUUGGGUGAAUGACGAUCUUGGUUGCACAUUGUUUAAUCCAUAUUAAAGGGAAGAAAUGGUGCAUUGUUAGCUUGUUAGGUUAUUUGUUGGAUUUUCUGUAGGAGACAUAAGAUAUUAUGUUACUCGUGUUUGCAAUUUUGCAUUGAUGUUAUUAGGAUCAUGUCGUCGUUUUCAUUUAUGCUCUUGUAAGAUCUCAUUUCAUGACAUGCGCUGCCUUUUCUUUAUAUCACGACACUUGAAUACUUGAUUAA